GUUGGCCUGAUCUAGGAAGGGCUAUCAUGUAAACAAGGAGACCUCAAAAUCUGGAAAACCGUAACGAAUAAAACUGGUAGAGAACUUYAUGAGCAAGAAGAAGGCAUACUGAUAUUCCAGUUAUGAAUCUAAGCUCAAUCAGGAAAAAGGUUGGUAAUUUUAUUGCUGGUGAAGAAUCGGGCAGCUCUGCUGAUCAACAACAAGGCGCAUAUUCAGACAAGAAUCAUACACCUCUACCCACAGAUUCAUAUCCUUAUCCAGGGCUAAAGUAUGAUUAUCAUUUCACUAAAAUAGAUGUGCUGACAGUAGGUAAAGCAACAUUAGGAUUGACAACAGGCCAGACACUUGUGUCCUCAGACAUCACAUCAAAGUAUGGUGAACUAAGCACCCCAUAUGGRCAGGGCUUUGUUUUAGCAGAUUUUAAUCAAGUACCUGGUAUUGGUAAAAUUGGUUGGAAUGCUAAUGAAAAUCCAUACCAAGCCGUGUUCAGUAGACCACAAGGACCUCCAGUACAUCACAGCUGGCAGCUCUUGGUGGUCAAGUCUGAUGUUCAUACUACAGAGAGAGCUGGCUUACUGGAUCAACUCUCUGGUAGGAACCAAGAAGUAGCCAACACUUCAAGCAUUGUUUCUGCUAUAGCUCAACAAACUGCUAAAGGAGGACGUCUAAUCUGCAUUGAAAGCACAGGACAAGUCAAAACCUCAGGAUUGACAAAGAGCCUCUUUGGUGGUAGUGAUGUGUAUGGAUGUGAUGUAUUCUUCAAUGUUCCCUCCCAUCCUAAUCCCACAAGGUACACAUACCAGCUCAUCAACGUACCUGUCCAAAUCAUGAUGUUUGGACCAGGAAAGCUAGUUAAAGUCACAUGUGACUGGAUGAAGCAUUUCGUUGGGCCUUUACAGCAGGGCUGGAGGCUUGCAGAAAUCUUUUGGGACCAAGGAAGGAAGAGUCAUGGAGAUUUUACUUUCGGUGGAGACCAUAAUUCUAUUUGGUUCUUUGAGAAAGAAGCAUUGCGACUAAAUGAUCCGACUCCAGUAUAUGAAGGAACCAUCAUUGAAUACAAGCAUACAGUCAAGAUUGGAUUUUUCCAAACGAAAGCUAAGGGAGACUGGGCACCAAUGAUUACAGAGAUGGGUAAAAGAGGCUGGGAACUAGCUUGUAUGUUAGAAACACCUGAAGUGACAAAUGUAGGACUGGGAAACAUUACGUACAAGCUUCUUUUCUUCUUCCAAAGAAGAAUAAUACGGGUUCAAGCACCCAGUCAUUAUUCCCAGCCCCAAGGGGCGUAUCAGGCUGGCUACCCUCAAAACUAUGGACAAGGAGCCUAUGGACAAGGAGCCCACACACAAGGAGCCCACACACAAGGAGUCCAUGCACAAGGAGUCUAUGCACAGCCUCCCACAAGCGGGUUCAGUUAUGCCGGUGCCCCCCAAGGGUAUGGACCACCACCUCCGUACAAUGCUGAUGACACGAGUAGACUGGAACCAAGUGCACCUCCUCUACCAGACAAACGCUAGGAAUAAGUGAUUACGAAACCUAGAAUCUGAUUGGCUUGAAUAAUUCUAAUGGCCUGUUUGAUUGGCUGAUAUGAACAUAAAGUUCUAAAUUCUAGUAAAAUGAAAUUUUAAUUUUAAAUCAAAGUACUGCCAUAAAGAGCAACUUGAAAAAAUCUGUGAAAUUACAAGCAUUAGACACACACCUAUGGUUUUGGAUGCAAAAAAGCACAUUUUAUUGUCGUAAAGACCUAGUGCCUAUUUAUAGAUUUCUAAAUGUGGUCCACCCCAGACAAUUUUGCACAUAUUGCCUGGGGUCCAAAGGUAACUACUCUCACUCCCGCAUUUGCUGUUUUGAAGGGAAGUCGCAAGAAGAAAUAACUUGAGGUUCCUUUCACUCCCUUGCUCCUUCGGCACAAGAUUCAUAAAAUUCACAAACCUUUGGAGCCCAGGGUAAUUGAAGGAGCAAGUUUUCUAGAGGUUUAAAAAUGGUCUGAUCCACCUCCAGAAAAUUGUAUAGUUAUCAUAUUUUCCACAUUUUGAAAGCAUUGGACAAUAACAGCUCAUUAAUGGUUUUCUCAAAAAAUAUAUUUAACAGUAGACCUUAUUAUUAUCUUCAUACUAAUUUUUAUAUAUUUUUGUUACCACAUUUUUUUUCAUAUAUUUGAAUAUAGUGGGGAUCAUGUUGA